AUGACCAAGUGGAAAUCGAAUAAAGACAAGGUUCGAGGCAACAUCGCAGCGGGCGGGUGGGACGUGAGUUACGGAAGAGAAGUCACGUCUUUGGACCUCGUCGUCGGCGCCUUGUCCACGGUCACAGGCGGCGUCGGUACCGCGGCAUGGGUCGAACUGCAACUCGCCGCUCAGCUCAAGAAGUUUGGGCAAAGCCUAGCCAACGUGCCCGGCAACGUGAAGAACCAGGUAACCAACAUUCUCAAGGAUGCCAUCUUGAAGGGGAAAAAGGGCACGUGGGAUAUUGGCGGCCUGGGGGUUAAAGCAGGUGUAGCCACGUACGAUCACUGGUUCAAACUUGGCAUCGGGGGCUGGCAAAGGUCUGCCCCCUCGUUUCAGCCCUUUAUUGGCUUUCGCCUUGCCAAACGGCUUGCAACGGCAGGAGUCCUUGAGUUGGCAGAAACCGAGCCUCCCGUCUUGCUGGCGACGGCCCUUCUUGACAUGGAAGAAUCUGAGCCAGAGCCUCCGCCUUCGCCGAUCGCUACGCAUGAGGAUAUACAUUGGGUAUACGGGAAAGAGGAGCCGUUGCCAAGCAUUGUGAUGGAAGGGUAG